AGUUCGGCGCGUUAGGGGCGCUUGCCGGAGGUAAGUAGACGGCAGGUUAUCAGUCCGCAGAACAUCUUCGUCGCGAACGGAACCAGUAAACCAGUGUGGUUACGUAUUCUCUGUUAGAGCGGUGGAGCGACGGAGAAAGAUUGAAAGAAAGAAAGAGAGAGAGAGAGAGAGAGAGAGAGAGAGAGAGAGAGAGAGCAGGGUGAAAAAAGAAAGACAUAGAGAGACAGAGAGAGAGAGAGAGAGAGAGAGAGAGAAAGAGAGAGGGGGGCAGAGAAAGAGCGAGAAAAAGCAAAAGAGGAAAGGUGGAAGUAGUACUAGUGGUAGUAGUAGUAGUAGUAAUAGUAGUAGUAGUAGCAGUAGUAGUAGUGGAAGAGAGGACAAAUUGACGAACGUACGUCGCGGAUCUUUUGGCGGAUACACUACUUGUCGUUGCCGCUGCCGUUGCCGUUACCGGUACCACACUGCCGUUAUCGAUGCUCAGUUGCAUCGGCUACGAUCCAACGGGAGUUUGACUCUCGUUCUCUCUCUCCGUCGUGUCCCCCGACGUGUAAUAUCGCGCGCGAUCUUUUCCCCGACGGCGGAAAAGAAGACGUCGUACGCAAGAAAGAACCGUCGAUUCCGCAGACGCUUUUUCUUUUUUUUUUUUUUUUUCUCUUUUCCCGUGAGAAAUCGGCGCUACCACGGACACUUUUGUGCCUGCUUCCCUGCUUUCGUCGGACGAGCCGCGCGUGAACCGAAUCGCGGUUACCGAUCGGGAUCGGAUCGGAUCGGAUCGUUCGCCCCAAUUUGCGGAAUGCCACUCGAGAGCGAUCAUCUGUUACCGUCGCGCGAUCCUCGCGAUUGAUUCGAUGCGAACGCCACGCGGAGAACGUCACGCAGAUAUAUUCGGUGAAUUGUGUUGAGUGACCGAUUCUCGUCUUCGUCAUCGUUUCUCGCCGAGACAAUUCCAGUUCCUCGGGUGCUGACAAACGGUGCUUCGGUCGAUUGUUCGGUGAUUGAAACAGGCAGGAUCUAACGAUUAGUGCGAAGAAGAGGCAAGAGGAAAAGACCAAAAAAAGGGACACUGCAAACGCCAGACAAACGCAAGGAAAAGAAGGCGGGGUUGAUAAGGCGAUAACGCGGCUGCCGGGAUGCGGCACGAGGAGCCGCUAAGCUGCAGCUAACACGUGGCGACUCCGCACGCACUCCGCGAUCGCUAGGAAAGCGUAUCUCAUCGUGAGAGGCUGGGACCUCCAGGAUGCCAGGGGUGUGGAGGUUGCUACGUAUGCUGAUCUAUAUGGUGGUUGGCUUGAAGAGCGUCGGUAGCAAUAGCGACAUUUGGCCGCUAGAAAGGCCAGAGGGAAUGCCAGCCAUACAGUCCCUCGAAGUGAUGUGCGGAAAGGAUCACAUGGACGUGCAUCUAUCGUUCUCCCAACCCUUUGAGGGCAUCGUCUCGUCGAAAGGCCAGCACGCCGACCCGCGAUGCGUCUACGUUCCACCGUCCACCGGCCAGACUUUCUUCUCCUUUCGGAUAGCCUACGCGAGGUGCGGUACCAAGCCAGACAUGCACGGACAGUUCUAUGAGAAUACCGUUGUCGUUCAGUACGACAAGGAUUUACUCGAGGUCUGGGACGAGGCGAAACGGUUGCGAUGCGAGUGGUUCAACGAUUACGAGAAGACCGCCUCGAAACCGCCGAUGGUCAUCGCAGAUCUCGACGUGAUACAGCUAGACUUCAGAGGUGACAACGUGGAUUGCUGGAUGGAGAUCCAACACGGCAAGGGACCCUGGGCACCGCCAGUUUCCGGGAUAGUGCCGCUCGGCUCGACUCUCACCCUGGUCGUCGCUAUAAACGAUUAUCGAGGGGAGUUCGACAUGCGUGUCAAGUCGUGCGUGGCCUCGGACGGCGGUGGACACACGAUACAGCUGAGCGACGAGUUCGGGUGCGUGCUCAGGCCAAAGAUGAUCAGCCGAUUCUUGAAGGCGCGGGGCUCCGACGAUCGGGCGACGGUCAUUACCUACGCCUUCUUCCACGCGUUCAAGUUCCCGGACGCGUUGAGCGUGCACAUCAAGUGCAAGGUUGAGAUCUGUCGUCACGGCUGUUUGGAUCACUGUCAGCUCAGCGGAUCCGUCGGCCACUAUAUUCAAGAGCGGAAGGAUCAGAUACGACCGCAGUACCCGCAAACCACAGUGCCGCCCACCGUUCACAACAGCAACAACGACGACGAUAACAACAGCGCCGACAAGAGUAACGAAAACGUAGGAGGAGCUGGGACCGAGCAGAGCGACGGCUCCCUUUACGACGACAUCAUUCAAGAUGGUGAUGAAAUGACCUCGAUAGGGGGUCACUUCCUCGGGGUCGAGAAAUCAGCUCCAAAGGCGCAGGCACAGACGAGCAACCGGCUACCGGCGCCAGUAAUCGAGACACCGAACGAGGAAGUUCAUCUAGACGACACUGAUCUUUCAAGACCGUUCGUUGAUCCUCCGCGGAUGACGCGAUACGAGAGCGACCAGGAUCAGUUCCCGCACGGACCACGGAAUCUCGAGGGGAACAGCGGCGCGAUACCGGUGACACCUCUCUCGUCUCCGAAUGGCAGACGAAAGAGAUCGGUCGUGGUGUCCGACAGGAAAAUCCGUAGCGCCGACGUCGGCGUGAGCGGUUUGUACGAGGUGAUCUCCGAGGCUGAUCUAGCCUUCAGCCCGGAUACUCACGCGGAGGCGGUAACGGUGUUUCAAGGUAGAAUACGCGAGGAAGUAGUCUAUGGUAUCUGCCUGCCUAUGCCCGGUUUCAGCGCUCUGUUCAUCGUCGUGGCUCUUUCGGCGGUCAUCUCGGCGCUCGUCGCCGGCGCGAUGCUGCACCGGCUGCAAGCGCAACGCGAGGCGGUCGACAACAGAAAGAACAACAGACCGGUGCAUUCGACGAACGGCUGGCUACCUUACGGAUUGCUGCGCGUACGCUGCACGACGCGACCGGCUCAUCUCGAGCAAAUCCAGCAGAAACAAACGAAUCCAGCCGCCACGAGCCCCUCGGUCGAGAGAGGUUAACGAUUCGUGAGUUUUGCGUUUCGCUGGUCCCGCGAAAGACAAUGUACAAUAAUACGCUGUACAAAGUAUUUUAAGUGCAUCGAAUCACGCGCGACGGUCUCUUCUUACGAACGACUCGAACGACUCGAGUCGAUCGUGCCUCCUUCGACGGAGAGGAUUGCGCAACGAGUGCGCUUUCGAAUCAGGAGCCAACCUCUUCCUGGCUGAGGUGAAAUCCCUCUUUUUCUUUUCGUCGACUUCGAUGAAAAUGAUUUUCGUUCGUUUACUUUUCUCUUUUUUUUUUCCUUUU